AUGAAUAAUCAAGGGAGCAAUGUUAAAAAAUUCCUUCAUGCUAAUGGACAUGUGGUUCUUGAAAGAGUGGAUAACAACUAUAAUCUAAGAUCUUUCACUCAAAAAGAGAUAGAAGACAUCACUGGUGGGUAUAGAAUUGUGCUGGGAGAAGGGGGCUUCGGUAAGGUUUACAAAGGAAAACUCGAUAAUCAUCGUCCAGUCGCAGUAAAGAUAUACAAAAAUGGAACCAAGAAAGAAGAGUUUGCCAAAGAGGUGAUAGUGCAUUCCCAGAUAAAUCACAAGAAUGUUGUCAGACUGUUUGGUUGCUGCACAGAGGUAAAUGCUCUUACAAUUGUUAUGGAGUUUGUAUGCAAUGGCAACCUCUACAACAUCCUUCACUGCUGCAGCAGCAAUGGUAAUGGUUCUAUACCCUUCCCUUUGGACAAGCGUUUGGACAUUGCCAUUGAGUCAGCUGAAGCAUUAUCAUGCAUGCAUUCAAUGUACAGUCCUAUUCUUCAUGAUUGUCAACAACCUGCUAACAUACUACUAGAUGAAAAUCUCCGGCCAAAGAUAUCGGAUUUUGGGAUAGCAAGAUUGCUUGCUGCUGAUGAGACACAACAUACCAGAUAUGUCAUUGGUUGCAUAGGUUACAUGGACCCUUUGUUUUGUCAGAGUGGGAGACUAACACCAAAGAAUGAUGUAUACAGUUUUGGAGUCGUUUUGCUGGAAAUCAUCACCCGAAAGAAAGCUGUGGAUGGGAACAUCAUCCUUGCUCAAACUUCUGCUGAAGCCCUGAGAAAAGGGAAAAAGAUGAGACAACUGUUUGAUGUGGAAAUUGCGAAUGACAAAAAGAACAUGAAAUUUCUUGAAGAUGUUGCAAAACUAGCAGCUGAGUGCUUAAAAAUGGAGGGCAAAAUGCGUCCUGAAAUGGUUGAAGUAGCGGAUAGACUUAGAACAAUUAGAAAAGCUUACCACCAGCGCAAGGGCAGAAGUUCUGCAGGUAGCAACUCUGGUCUUUCUAUAAGUGGAAAGACAGAGGAUGUGGCUUCCCCGAUCACUAUUACCACUGCCACUGUCAACAACACUGACGGAAUUCCACCAUCAGUGGUACCAACCAUUUUCAUGGCUGAACUGAAGGAAAUAACUAGGAACUUUAGCAAUGAUGCUCUAAUAGGAGAGGGCUCAAACAAUAAAGUUUUUUUCGGAGUGCUGAAAGAUGGACAUAAAUCUGCGAUCAAGAAGCCUAGGCGGCCUAGUACAAAAAAUAUUUUGGAGGUCAUGGCUGCGUCCCCUGACUUUUUGCGGGUUCCGAUGGUCUCAAGAUUCAAACAUGAAAAUGUUAUCUAG